AUGGCCUUUUGUUUUCUGGUUAGGAUCGCCUUGACGUUUGAAACCCUCUCGCCCAAGCAGGUAUGCGCAGCGUUCUCGCGGGCGCUGAACCGACGCUGCCGCUACAUCUACGUGCCCAUGAUCGAGAUCAAAGUGAAUAUUCCGUCGGGAUACCGCGAACAACUGGAGGCCCUCGAAAUCCUCUUCGGCGAAUGCAACGCGCCGUAUUUCCCCCAACCUGAAUUCUCCCGACCGGCGGCAGGCUCGCCCAAGGGGAUAGGCCCAGCCAAUGGCAAGGGAGCCGGCGCUGGCAUGAUGCAAGGACCCGGCGGGGUCAUCUCGCAACGUGUCACCGACGAGGCCCGUCACCUGUGGCAGGGUUGGCGCGACAUGGAAGAGUAUGCGCGCGAGGUGUUCCCCGUCGAGGAGGAAGCCAAUGGACUGGACUGGAUGUUAUAA